ACUGGCCCAAAUUCUCGGUUCAACCUUCACCACAGGCUAUAACGUUUCGAAGAGCCGAAUCAAAGUCUGAGACGGAAAGAAAAAAGAUCCAAAGUUCCUCCUGUGAAGGCAGAAAGAGGAUAAUCAGCUUGGCGACACUGCUUUCAGAAUAAAAAGUUGCAGGUACUUUUAGAGCGCGUCGGGUUCAAGGACUGUCACUCGGCCGCGCACCGGAGACGGUAAUAGAGGGAUACACUCAGCGGAACGACAGAAGGCACGAUGGAUCGCAAAAUCCCCGAUUUUGCCGGUACUUGGAAAAUGAAAAGCUCCGAGAACUUCGAGGAGCUUCUCAAAGCACUGGGUGUGAACGUGAUGCUGCGUAAGAUUGCUGUCGCAGCCGCGUCAAAGCCGUCCGUGGAGAUUACACAGAACGGAGAAACCCUGUCGAUCAAGACCUCCACCUCUGUAAGGACCACCCAUGUCACCUUCACCGUCGGACAGGAGUUUAAUGAGGCCACUGUGGAUGGGCGUCCCUGCACGAGCUUUCCUCGCUGGGAAACCGACAGCAAGAUUAGUUGCGAACAGACUUUGCAGAAGGGUGAGGGUCCAAAAACCUCAUGGACCAGGGAGAUGACCAACGACGGCGAACUGAUUCUGACCAUGACUGCAGACGAAGUGGUAUGCACAAGAGUUUAUGUCAGAGAGUGAAAGUAUGAGGAAACAGGAACGAUAUCCAUCCAGAUCGCUCCCUUUCCUCGUUAACCACAAUGACUGUGAUUUUAUAUCAUCUAUUUCCUUUCUCCCUCAUCUCUCCUUUCUUUUUUUGUUGACCAUGUAUUUGAAUAAUACGUCAGAUAACCAUGCAAAUGAUUCGUGCGAGGUUCCAGAUUUUGUACAGAAUUGGGUCCUGAUUUGUCAUUUAACAAAUACGCCAUUUUGGGCCCGAAAGCACUUUUAAGGGUUGGUCUUCACUUAGGUGAAGACCUGGAAAUCUGAAGCUUGGGAAACCAGACUUGAGUGAGACAGUCCACAAUCACCACUGAAAAAUAGUUAUUUCCAUUAAUGGGAAUUUUGUGUAAAGGUAAAAGAUUUCCCCACUCGGACUUCAGAAAAGGUUCAGUUUGGGUUGAGAUGACUUCUGUGUAAGCUGUGCUUCGUACAUGACUACGUUUUUUGCCUGCAAAAUUCACAAAUGUGACCAUAACUUAAAGGGAUAGUUUGGCCACAAAUGAAGAUUAUAUCAUUAUUAUCUCACCCUCAUGUUAUUCCUUCAUUUACCUUCAUUUAACUUUGGAACACAGAUGAAGAUAUUUUUAUCAAAUAUAUAGAGUAUUUUCUUACCCUCAAUAGACAGUAACACAACGUCUGCAUUCAAGGCCCAGAAAAGCAGUUGGGACAUCAUCAAAAUAGUCCACGUGUCAUCAGUGGUUCGACUGUAAUGAUAUGAAGCUACUUGAAUUUUCAUUUUUUUUUGCACAGAGAAAUAAAAAAUAACAGCCAUACUGAGGGUGAGUAAUAAAUGACGGAAUUACAUUUUUUGGUACACUAUCCCUAUAAGAAUGUAAGCCUGUGUACAAUAUGCUGUCGGAAAAUGUCGUUUUUGUAGUUAAGUCAUUUUUAAAAAUCUUCUCCGCUGACCCUUUGCUCAGCUCCGCCAUAGAUUGUAACUGACCAACCCUACAUUAGCAACUGUCCAUUUUCUCAAACAAACCUUUGCCCUUUCCAGUGUAACCCUGUGGAGCACCCGUGUGUUCGGAAAGGCGGCGUUUGUAAUUGUUUGACUGUACCAAAACGUAAAAUCGCCACACUACAUUCAGAGGUAUUUAGGAAAGUUCUACUCUACUACUCUAUUUUGAAAUCGUGCAUUCUGUGUCAGAAUGUCUGCUAUUCAUUUGGAUUGUGUGAUUACGCCAGUUUAACCAAUAGCAUUUUGUCACCCCGGGUUGCCAGUUGGCGGAAAAAUAGCUUAUUGAAACAAUGGAAGGCAGCGAAUGAACUGGCUCAGAGAUCACGCAUUCCACCCGACCUAAAAAACCUUGACAUCAAUUUGAAAAGCUGUAAGACCCGAUGGAUAAUAAAAUGUGCAUAUUGUCAAUAGCGCUCGCAUUUGGAUUGCAGUUCCCAUUUCAACCAGUAGCUUUCGUUAUUACAUACCACGCCUUUAAAUCAAAUGUAUAGUUAUUUUACAAUCAGUUUUACUGUAUUUAGUGAGAUUGAAAUCUCCAAUUCAUUCCCAUGCGAGGCCCUAUAUUGUCUGAUCUAGCAACAGUACCAAGGGGGCGGAGCUAAGCAAAGACUCAGUUGUAAUUAGAACCCCACGAAGCUCCAAUCCCAGCCUUCUCCUUUCAUCUUAUUUGUUUUGUAUAUAUAUUUUAAUAAAACCUGAAUCUGAGCUUUCUUUUCAUUAUGUUUUUGAUACAAACAAUUUCAGCAGUCAUUACUUAUUUCUGUGCAUGGACAAUAAAGGUUACUGCCAAGA